AUGGUGGUCGGCAGGCCUGAAGCGAAAUCGUGCUGUUGGCCGUACAGGCCACCGGCAAAGUCGGAAGCUGACAGCACGGUUACCCAUAAUGGGCCAGGUGCUACUGUGGGGCCGGACUGCGUGGCUGGCUCUGGUAGCACGUGGUCAUCAGUCCGUGAAAGUCGAACUUGUGUGCAUAACGAUUGCCGUGAAUUUUGGUCAUAA